GACCCGUCUGGUGAAGUAUGGUUAAAUAACCCCAUGACAAACACAUUGAAAUAUGUAGGCCUUCAUCUAGCAGUGGAUUGACAAAGGCCUACAUAUUUUCAUCAUCAUUAAAAACCGAAUUAAAAAUUAAACUACUUCCUUGGCUUAAAAAUAUUGGGUUCGCUAAGUAGUACUGCUUUACAACAAAAUGAAUAUAGGCAUGUAGUACCAAUAACCCAUCUGUUUUAAUUAUAGCACGUGACAGGGGAAAGCGUUAUCUGUCUGUAUUUAUCCUGCAGUGUUCCAGAGUCGUGUAUUACUUAGGCAAAUUGAAAUGAAGGCGAUCGCGCGCUUUAUUAUAAUUGUGUUUGCAGGAACAUUGCCCGAUCGAUUUAAACAAAUAAAAGUGCGUUCCCGCUCAGAGUGAGUUGCAGAACUCAUCUCCAAAUUACAACUCAAAGAAAGUGGUGGUAAUUCCACAUUCAUAUGGUAGCGGACCACUUUAUCCCUGACAAGCACCAUCAAUAGACUAAAGGAUUCGGUCGUUUAUGAGUGACUGGCGGAUUAAGGCUCCCCCCGCCCCCCACGCCUUGUCGGUGAUGGAUGUUGUUUGACUAUACUUCACCACGCUGGUCACUACGGGUUGGCAAAGCGAGAGUUCCGAGGACAGGUUAAGAUAUUCCACUCGCCGCUGAUAUUGGGCCGCUGAGCAUAUUACAACUCUACCACCUGCACUUUGCAUUUCCUUUAUGAUAUAACAGCUUAUAUAUCAGCAAAUAGCAACAAUGGCAUAUGGUUUUACGUGCACCUGUUUGCUUUGCCUAAGUCGCGGAAGAGGGCUGGGGAGUAAUUUGUUGAGCAAUCUGUGUAAUAGACCGUGAAACUAAUCGAGUCGUGCGCGUAAGCAAACCGCACGGCGUAAUUAAUCCGUGCAAUUGAUUGCACGGAUGCUGGGGCCAGACGUGAGGACGGAGGGCUAUAAAUGAGGAGCGGACCACUCUGUGAGUUCACGAACCUGCCUCCGGCACCCCCGACUCUCGCCGCACAUUCGCUAACCAGCAGCACGUCCGGCAAGUAUUGACGCUGACGACGCCACCCUCUGAGCAAUAUAUGUCGACCGCUCCGCAGGAAGGGGUGACAAGUGCCGUUGUUUCUCCCGCGUGCGUUUUCGAGCCGCUGUGUCCCGUGUUGUUCGGCGUGAUGUCCCCGCCUCGUGAAGCGAAACGUCGGACGUCGUUGCAGUAGUGGUGUUUACGAAUUUAUUUGCGUGCAUUUUCUUUUUCACGUGCGUUUGAAAGUUCAUGUCGCGGUUGCACUGCGAGCCCAGCGAAACCUGAGUUCGAUUUCCAGUCAUGGUCAACGUCAGCGGCGAAUAUCCGAACCAGUUAUGGGCCUCCAUUAGCUCGACUCAGUCUUAAAUGAGUACCUGCUUGAUGCGGUGUAUAAACAAUACAAUUCAGGAGACAAAUGCAGCCGGGCGUGGUGCUGGUCACAUCAACCUCCUCCUACAUCAUGGCAGCCGAAGUAAAUGCUUGCAAACCAGCACUUGCCCCAGUAGUCUGUUAAAAGGCUAUACAGGGGAUAUUUUCCUUUUGUGUGUGUGGCGUUUGUGUAGCAUUUAUCACGAACAUUGGGACUGCUUGUCAUCACCAAAGACAUGUGAGACAUCCACCACAGCCUGCACAAAUAAGCAUCCGUGCUAGGUUAGGGAGAGCACUGAAGCAUCUCUAAUCCACCUUGAGAAAUAUAUAAUCACUUAAAUUAUACACGUACAGUCACAUCCCUUUUUUUUGUCAAUCAAUUGUUGGACGUUAGCCUGCCUGCUCACACCAACGUACCCCCCGCAUUCAAGCGUGACCCUGCUGACCUUCCGAGAUCUGAAGCUAAGCAGGGUGAUUCAGAAAAGCCAUAAUGAGUGUUAAAGUCUAAUUUCAGGAGGGUCAUUCGUUGGACUCUUUGGCGAAUACUUGAUAUUUUUAAAAAGUGUAUUGUUGUUAUUGUUUUCCCGCUAAACUUUGCUAUGUACAUCUGCCCUGCUACUUCUGCCAGUGACCAUCGGUUUCUACAACACCCCCGGCGCGCCUGAUGAUGUGAAUGGUUCUCCCCGUAGAAACAAUGAGCGACGCGGGAUUCCUGGCGGCACCGGUGCUGCUGCUGCUGCUCGUCAGCCUGGCCUCGGCGUCUCUGGAACAAGCGGCAUCACGCGACGAUGACAGCGCCGAACGUCCGCUGAGCAAGCGCCACUCGGAGGGAACCUUCACAAGCGACUACAGCAAGUACCUGGAGAACAAGCAGGCCAAGGACUUUGUACGCUGGCUCAUGAACGCCAAGCGUGGCGGCAGUGAGCUGCAGCGGAGGCACGCUGACGGCACCUUCACCAACGACAUGACCUCCUACCUGGACGCGAAGGCUGCCCGCGACUUUGUCAGCUGGCUCGCCCGCUCCGACAAGUCGCGCAGGGACGGAGGGGAUCACCUGGCCGAGAACUCCGAGGACAAACGCCACGCGGAGGACGUGAACGCGCUGCUCGACAGGACGAUGGCCAAGACCUUCAUCGAGUGGCUGGAGAAGCAGAACAGCAACGACCAGGCAAGGGCUGAGCAAACCAUGAACAAACCCAGCUGGCGGGGACAGGCACGUCAGUCGUCUGUCAGGGCCUAUAGAAUAUGGCCUAAAUCAGUGUUCUUCAUUGCAAGGCCCUUCGAGCCACUGGCGGCGCCUCGUGGCCUUUAGUGGGGCCCCUGACGUGCAGCUCCCGACAAUACACAAAUGUGAAAGCACCCUAUCAUGAUGCUGUCAAAUCAAAUGAUUUCAAAUGUGUGGCGGCCCUCACACUGAUGUUUUAUCGGCGAAAGUGGACCACCUUUGAAAAUUAGUGUUGAACGUUGUAACAAAAAAGUGGCUUUAUUAUGGAUUGACUCACUCCUGCCAUGGGCGUGUGAAAUUUCCAUACCUGGUCGGGGCUGUCAACGGUAGGGGAGCACCACUCCACGCACGUUGGAGCUGGGGGGGGGGGGGAAACUUCUGCUUUUGAUUUAAUGUAAGGACUAUCCGUGCGCAUGUCGUACUUGGAUUUGCUGUCAUGACCAGAUUUGUGCUCCGUAAUUCUG